AUGUCUCUCUCCGACGCUCUAUCUUUGGCUUACCAAAGAUACACGGAGACACAGGAAUACCAGAUGUGGCAAGAGAGCCCACUCACAAGGUGGACGGGUAGUCCACCAUGGGCGGAUCCUUUCGCGAAAGCUGUUGAUGAUCGUGAGGCACUGAUUGAAGGGUUUCCGCAUCUAGAGCGCUCGAUAAACAGGGACUUCCGUUACGAUUGGGGAGACUUCGAAGCCCUAUCAUACACGUGGGGAAUUCAAGCCUCUAGGAGAAAAUGCUGCCUCAACGGGAGCAUUAUUGAAGUACCUGCCAACCUCGAAGAAGCCUUGCAUGCUCUUUGCGCCCUUGAGGAGAGGGAAUGAAAUACUGGAUCGACGCUCUUUGAAACGACGAUACCGAAAGGAACCACCAAGUCAAAAGAAUGUUAGAAAUUUACAGAAGUGCCCGUUGCGUCAUAGUCUGGCUUGGUACGUCUGGCCUUUACCAAGAUGGAAUGGCAGUGGGCGUCAUGAAAGCCACCUCUAUACGCCUAGAUCGAGCGAGCCACAGUUUCCGCCCGCACUUAGAUCCAUCGCGGUUGAGCAAAGAAGAAUUGAUAGCUUUCUUCGCUCUUAUUACUCGACCUUAUUGGGCAAGAUUGUGGAUCAUUCAGGAACUAUCUGCGAAUCAUAGGUCG